CUUCUUUCACUUCACCGUUCAGCCUCCGCACAAGGAUAUCAUAGCUAUCCUCAACUCACCCUUUCACCCUCCCCCCCACUCGACUCGAAUCAAUUCGCAUAUACCGAGUCCCAAUUGCGCGUCUUGUCUCUCGUCGCAUUGCAUCAUCGCUGCAUUGAGUCAUCGCCGUUAGCGCAGUUGCAUAUCGAAUCAUAACACCCACAUACACACAUACCAAUUGAACACAUUCCACCAUGCCGGGAUCAUAUCGAGUCAUUGAACCGCACCCGUCGGUUCCUCACACCAGCCGUCCAGCUUUACACACGGCUCGUGGAGGCGCCGGCAAUGUUAUCAAUUUGAAGGGCACCAAGACCACCCCCUCCCAGACGGCCACCGGACCUGCGUCGUUGACGCGCCUCGAUUCGCGCGUGCCCACCACCUUUACGUCCGGCCGGGGCGGCGCCGGCAAUGUGCACAGCAGCAGCGAGCGCGCCAUCUUUAGCUUCGACGAGGAAUUGGAACGGGAGCUCCGCCGCGCCGCGCCCGUUUACCACGUCGGCCGCGGGGGUGCCGGAAACAUGGUCUUUCGCGACGACUCAUCCAGCAGCCUCUCGCGCAAGCUCUCCGCUAGCAGCAACGGCACCAGCAGCAGCUCUGGCUCCGCGCGCGAGCGUGCUCUUCGCGGUCUGAAUAAGGGAUGGGGCAAGCUCCGGAGCAUGGCAUAGGCCGGCUGGUUAGCUUUCGCUGGGACAACCACCACCAUUGCAACUUCUCGCCUUCAUUCAACAUUUGCUUCUACACAAAAGCGUCUGCGAACUUGUCCUUCUGAACCAUGACUCUCACGACUUCACGACUCCCA